AUGGAUCGUCUUCCUCCUUCCAACCAAGAUCAAAGCUUGCAGGAAUCCGAUGUCAAAAAGAAGCUCAAGAACAUUAACAAUGGCGGCGCUGGCGGCGACAGUGGGGAGGGCAGAGAACAUGGGAACAACCGAUUAAAGCGACGUGGUCGACGGCGGGGAUCCAAGAACAAGGCGAAGCUGCCACGCAACGAAGCGUGGGCUCACGUGUUGGAGGUCGCCUCCGGCCAGGACAUACUCGAGAGCGUCGCUAGGUUCGCACGCCGAAACCGCGUCGGCGUCAAUGUGAUCAACGGCAGCGGAGCCGUCUCCACUGUGACCCUCCAGGACCCCGCCGGAGCCGACGUCUUGCUGCCUCUCCAAGGUCAGUUCGAGAUCAUCUCUCUCUCAGGAUCGAUCCUUCCAUCGCCGUCUCGACCUGCGGCGCAGUGGCUGGCAGUGUGCCUGGCCGGCGAAAAGGGGCAUGUGGUGGGCGGGAGAGCGAUGGGGCCGAUGGUGGCGGCCAGGAUGGUGGUGAUCGUGGUUUCAUUGUUCGAGGAUACCGCGUACGAGCGACCUUCACUGACGCCAGAAGUAGUAGGCGGCUCAUUGCAGGGAUCGCCGGUGCUUCCACCGCCGCCGCCGCAACAAGUACUGCUAGGCAACGUGGUCAACAGAAACAUCAUCUCUGACGUUCCGUUGCAUCCGUCGCAGAAAAUGGCGGCCAACAUGAUCAAUCGAAACAUCCCUGUUCUAGAAUGGCUAAGCAAUGUGGUCGCCGGAAACAUCCCUGUGCUAGACGGCCCGUUGCAGGAGUCACCGGCGAUUCAAACGCCGUUGCAACAACCGACAGGCGGCAUUGUCGAUGAUAGCAUUCCUCCGCCGUUCAACGGACAUCUUCCGGCCGACGAGGAGCAUGGAUGGUGGGGCGAUGGCCAAGUGAUGGAUUCUCUUUGGAAUUGGGACACUUAA